GUGACAUCACAAGACUGUAGUGGAGAGAUGUGUGGCUACAUCCAUUACUCUGACUCUCUUAAUUCUUCCUCUUCUGUGGCUGUGGAUGUGGUGGGAUGUGGCACUCAAAGAAUAAGUUUGAAGAACACUUCGCAAGUUUGUUCUCCAGAAGACCUACUGUUCCAUGGUGUUGACUGGAUAGCAAUGCCAGAGUUCACAGAUGAUGUAAUGGGUGUCUAUUCAUUUCCUGGUGGAAAUGUGACCUACAAUGGAGUUUACGUGGGAUCUACUGCCACGUACGGAACUUCAGAAGGCUAUCUAAUCAAUGGAGUUAGAAUGCUGGAGAGAAGAUGCACAAUUAUAAACACGUGGACAGCUCCUGACCUGAUAAUCAGCAAU